CGUCAUGAGAUUUCCAAGAGAGCCGAGCUGAACUCAGAAUCUAUUUACAGAAAUGAUCGAUAACGGUGAACUGGCUACAGCUGAAUAGAUAAAAAUUGAAGCUAAAUUUGCUGCUGUGAUUUUAUAACAUUUGGUUAAACGCAAUCCUUGUGAUAAGGUUGGGCCCAGGGGUUUACGUGAAGAGACAUCUUCUAUAGGAACUUUGUUGACUUUAGUGUAUCUCCUACCCUACAAUUAUCAGUCUGUGUGUGUUAAUUAACGCAAUACAGUUCAAGCUGAAUCUAGGGGUUUUCAUGGUUGAACUGAUGGCUCCUAAGAAGCUUAUUCUGAUUCUGCUGAUAUUUGUUUCAUUUUGUAAAAGUAAAUGCGCCAUUCGUGUUGAAUCUGCUUGCGAGUUGGCUCCUGAUCGUAAAUUCUGUGAGUCCAGUCUCUACGCAAAUUCAGCAUCAUCACAAUCUGGUCCUAAACAGAUGAGUGAAACUGCUAUCAAGAAAAGCAUAGCCGAAGCAACUCGUAUUCGGCAUCUAAUUCCGAACAUAUCCGGCGACUCUCAACAGAGCCGCGCAAUACAAGAUUGCAGCCAACUGUACGAUCUUGCUGUGGACCAUUUGACGGACGGUUUGUCAGAACUGUCUCAAAGCUCUGUAAAAUUGAGGCAAGCAGUGGAUGUUCAGAGUUUCUUGAGUGCAGCCUUGACCUACCAGGUCACCUGCCUGGACGGCCUCAAAGAAGCAAAGGUCAACCUCCGAUCGUAUUCAUUCCCCGAUCGCAUAUCGAACUGCUCGCGCUCUGUAAGUAGUUGUCUUGCUUUGGUAAGAAAGUAUUGGAUCGGCGGCACGGGCUCUGUCAAAGCAUCUGUCAACAAUCGACGCCUGUUAUCUGACACCCGUCGAGUUCGUCGUGUAGACGAUGGUUUCUUGUCUCAGUAUGGAUCGAUGGGCAACGGCUUUCCAUCGUGGCUGUCUCGUGGGGAUAGAAGAUUACUUCUGCAAACUGCAAGAGGAGUCAGUUUAACGGGCAACGUGGUGACGGUGGCGCAGAACGGUAGCGGUAAUUUCACCACAAUUACUGAUGCCAUCAACGCUGCUUCCAACAAAAGCGCAGACAGGUUCGUGAUCUAUGUUACCGGAGGAGUGUACGAGGAAUAUGUAGCGAUUCCCAAAAGCAAGUACAAUAUCAUGCUAAUCGGAGAUGGAAUCAAUGUCACGGUGAUUACCGGGAAUAGAAGCGUUGUGGAUGGAUGGACUACAUUUAAUUCUGCAACACUUUCCACAGUUGGUAAAGGCUUUAUUGCAAGGGACCUGACGAUUGAGAACACGGCAGGGGCAGUGAAGCAUCAGGCGGUUGCUCUACGAGUGGGAGCAGAUCUCUCGGUUUUCUACCACUGCAGUUUCAAGGGAUACCAAGACACUCUCUACACUCAUUCACUUCGCCAAUUCUACAGAGAAUGCGAGAUAUACGGCACAGUGGAUUUCAUCUUCGGCAACUCCGCAGUAGUUUUCCAGGACUGCACUCUUCUUGCACGUAAACCCAUGGACAACCAGCAGAAUCUUUUUACUGCUCAAGGUAGAACAGAUCCAAAUCAAAAUACUGGAAUUUCUAUUCAAAAUUGUAAUGUUACAGCUGAAUCAGAUCUGGUUCCUGUUAUCAGCUCUUUCCCCACAUACCUUGGUAGGCCAUGGAAGGAGUACUCUCGUACUGUUUACAUGCAGUCUUACUUAGACAGUUUAAUCCAACCUGCUGGGUGGUUAGCAUGGUCUGGAGACUUUGCCCUGAGCACGUUAUAUUAUGGUGAAUAUGACAACAACGGACCCGGGGCCGGUACUUCACUGCGAGUUACAUGGGCUGGUUAUAAUGUGAUGAACAGCACUGAUGCUCAAAAUUUCACUGUAACGUCAUUCAUCUCCGGCGACUCAUGGUUACCAGCAACAUCGGUAACUUAUAACGGAGGCUUGUCCUAAGCAUGAAUUUUCCUUUUCAUUCCUCUUGCACUUUAUCCAAGAAUUAAGAAAGAAUCCUUCAAGUACCUUCUAUUUGCCUACAAUCGUCUCUGUAUUCAAGAUAUUUAUUGAUUUCAACAUUCUCC